AUGUCGGAUCACCCUGAACACAAGAAGAAGGUCAAUUUGACCGAUCCCUCGGGCGCCGAGGUCAAGCAGGAAAAUGAUACUGCUACAGCCAUUCUCAAGAAGAAGAAGAAGCCUAACCAGCUCAUGGUUACCGAUGCCACCAACGACGACAACUCCAUCAUUGCCCUCUCCGAGGCGACGAUGGAAAGCCUUCAGCUCUUCCGUGGUGAUACCGUUCUUGUCCGCGGAAAGAAGAGGAAGGAUACUGUGCUUAUCGUCCUCGCCGACGAGGAUCUCGAUGAUGGUAGCGCUCGCAUCAACCGUGUCGUUCGCCACAACCUCAGGGUCAAGCAUGGCGAUAUGAUCACCAUCCAACCUUGCCCUGAUAUCAAAUAUGCCAAGCGGAUCGCCGUUCUCCCCAUUGCCGACACCGUAGAAGGCAUCACCGGCUCACUCUUCGACGUCUUCCUUGCCCCUUACUUCCGAGAAGCCUACAGGCCCGUCCGCCAAGGAGAUCUUUUCCUUGUUCGAGGUGGCAUGAGGCAGGUUGAAUUCAAGGUCGUCGAGGUAGAUCCCCCGAGCAUCCCCAGCUUUUCAAGUCUAUCGGCAUCAAGCCUCCUCGAGGUGUUCUCCUCUACGGCCCCCGGUACCGGUAAGACUCUCAUGGCCCGUGCCGUCGCCAACGAGACUGGUGCCUUCUUUUUCCUCAUCAAUGGUCCCGAGAUCAUGAGUAAGAUGGCUGGCGAGUCGGAAUCCAAUCUACGAAAGGCCUUUGAAGAGGCGGAGAAGAAUUCGCCUGCCAUCAUCUUCAUCGACGAGAUCGACUCAAUCGCCCCCAAGCGUGACAAGACUAAUGGCGAGGUCGAGCGUCGUGUCGUUUCUCAACUCCUCACUCUCAUGGAUGGCAUGAAGGCCCGCUCCAACGUUGUCGUCAUGGCCGCAACUAACCGCCCCAACUCGAUCGACCCCGCUCUUCGUCGAUUCGGUCGCUUCGAUCGUGAGGUCGACAUUGGUGUCCCCGACCCGACUGGCCGUCUUGAGAUUCUCCAGAUCCACACCAAGAACAUGAAGCUUGGCGACGAUGUCGAUUUGGAGCAGAUUGCUGCCGAGACCCACGGCUACGUUGGUUCUGAUAUCGCUGCCCUUUGCUCAGAAGCCGCUAUGCAGCAGAUCCGUGAGAAGAUGGAUCUCAUCGAUCUCGACGAGGACACCAUCGACGCUGAGGUCCUCGACUCUCUUGGCGUUACCAUGGAAAACUUCCGCUACUCCCUUGGUGUCUCCAACCCCUCGGCCCUUCGCGAGGUCGCGGUCGUGGAGGUUCCCAACGUUCGCUGGGAGGAUAUUGGUGGUCUUACCACUGUCAAGCAGGAGCUCAUGGAGAGCGUCCAGUACCCCGUGGACCAUCCCGAAAAGUUCCUCAAGUUUGGCAUGUCUCCCUCCAGGGGUGUUCUUUUCUACGGUCCUCCUGGUACUGGUAAGACGAUGUUGGCAAAGGCUGUUGCCAACGAGUGUGCCGCCAACUUCAUCUCCGUAAAGGGACCCGAGCUUCUGAGCAUGUGGUUCGGUGAAUCCGAGAGCAACAUUCGUGAUAUCUUCGACAAGGCCCGUGCCGCCGCCCCUGCAUCCGUCGGAGAUGCCGGUGGUGCGUCCGACCGUGUCGUCAACCAGCUUCUCACCGAAAUGGAUGGCAUGACUUCCAAGAAGAACGUCUUCGUCAUUGGCGCCACCAACAGGCCAGAGCAGCUCGAUCCUGCGCUUUGCCGUCCCGGUCGUUUGGACUCCCUCAUCUAUGUUCCCCUGCCUGAUGAAGAGGGUCGUCGCAGCAUUCUCGAGGCCCAGCUUCGCAAGACACCUGUUGCCGCGGAUGUUGACAUUGGCUUCAUUGCCUCCAAGACCCACGGCUUCUCCGGUGCCGAUCUUGGCUUCAUCACGCAGCGAGCUGUCAAGCUCGCUAUCAAGGAGUCCAUCUCGGCCGACAUUAAGCGCACCAAGGAACUUGAGGAGGCUGGCAUGGAGGUUGAUGAGGAAGAGACUGGCGAUGACCCCGUGCCUGAACUGACGCGUCGUCACUUUGAGGAGGCUAUGCAAAUGGCCCGCAGGUCCGUGAGCGACGUGGAGAUCCGCCGCUACGAGGCCUUCGCGCAACAGAUGAAGAACGCGGGCCCUGGCGCAUACUUCAAGUUCCCCGAGGGUGGUGUCGACACUACUGGCGGCAGUGGCAACAACUUUGGCGAUGCUGGAAAUGACGAUGAUCUCUAUGAGUAA